AUGUUGUAUUCUAUGAUUACAUUCACUUGGCUUCUUGCCGCAACUGUCACUUCGUUCCCCGCCGAUCAACAGGGUCGAUCCAAUAAGGCAGCUUCUAUUGCUGUUCCAAACAUACCCACUAUACCUACAGUACCUGAAGUACCACCUACUCGCACAAACAAUGCACCGCGAUCGAUCUUUGAUUCUUCUACUUCGAUAGCACCAUUGGGUCAUGACAAGGCGCCUAAAGCACCAGACACUCCUGAAAUCCCAGAUAAAAAACAGAGGGAACCCAUCAACGUUCCCUCUUUCCCGGAUUUUCCCACGGUCCCUGAUGUUCCUUCAAUGCCAAAACAGGCUUCAAGCAAAAGCCCCGGAGGCGGACACACCAUUAGCAUUCCAGAUAUUCCCGAAAUCCCAGAUAUCCCUGAAGUACCAAAGGUUCCAACUUUCCCAGCCAAGCCAUCUACGCCAUCCUCUUCAUCUCCAAGUACACCAUCAAGCACGCCGUCAGAUUAA